UGAGCGCGUGUCUUUAAUAUUGUAGACAGUCUGUCAGUGUAGUAGUGUCUACUGUCUGGCGUCGUCAGUUUUCUUUGCUUACUUAGGUGAAGUGCCUCAGUGUCUACAUACUGGUCGCUUUCCGGUCCAGAACGCCACUGAUCGCUGUCGUCGUCUAAAUGGCCGAUCGUCUUACCCAACUCCAAGACAUAGUUAAUCAGCAGGCGGACAACUUCUGCAACAGCAUUGGAAUUUUGCAACAGUGCGCUUUACCAUCCAAAUUUUCAAACUUCGACCGAAACGGAUCACAAACACCACAACAACAAGAAGAUUAUACAAGUUUAUUUUCUUCACUUAUAACUCGCUGUGCCAAAGAUAUUGACGCAUUAAUCGAAUCACUGCCCAACGACGAUACUUCUACAGAUUUACAAGUUGCUAGUUUGCGGAGAUUAGAGCAGGAUAAUCAAUUAGCUGCAGAACGUUUGGAAGAAGUAGUUCGAAAAGGUGAACUUCUUCUUGAACAGAUACAAGCAGCUCUGUCUGAUAUUGCUCAACAGCAAUUAGAUAUUCAACAGAGUAGUGAUAACAACACGUGUUAA